GUCUUCGUGACGUAAACUCUCUUCUGAUUGGACGAUCACCGUUACGCUCAAUGUGACCAAUCCGGAAGCAGCAGGUUGGUGUAUAUAUAUCCGGUUGUCGGCCUCAGCUAGAUACUUUUCUUUCUGCUUGAAAAACACAAACUUACAACAUGUCUGGACGUGGUAAGACCGGAGGAAAGGCCAGAGCAAAGGCCAAGACCCGCUCCUCUCGGGCCGGGCUUCAGUUCCCCGUCGGCCGUGUCCACAGGCUGCUGAGGAAGGGCAACUACGCCGAGCGUGUCGGUGCCGGAGCUCCCGUCUACCUGGCGGCGGUGCUCGAGUACCUGACCGCUGAGAUCCUGGAGCUGGCGGGAAACGCAGCCCGCGACAACAAGAAGACCCGCAUCAUCCCCCGCCACCUGCAGCUGGCUGUCCGCAACGACGAGGAGCUCAACAAGCUGCUCGGCGGAGUCACCAUCGCUCAGGGAGGCGUGCUGCCCAACAUCCAGGCGGUGCUGCUGCCCAAGAAGACCGAGAAGCCCGCCAAGAAGUAACCGGGACCUCGCUCCUCUAAACACAACGGCUCUUUUAAGAGCCACACACUCUUUCUCAAAGAUCAAACAUCUUCCUGUUAACUAUACUAUAACUAUAUUACUGUGGACACACUAAAAUUACUAGACGUCCAUGUCACUGUUUGUGGAUAGGUGACACUCAAAACUAUUUUAUAGUUUAUAUUAAUACUCCACCUGCCAUAAAAACUCAUCUCACAACACGCAGACUUGUUUGUCCCAUGGUCAUU